GGGGGAGGAGGGUGCGGGCAAAGUAGAACACCUCCCUCGGCAUUAAGCUGGCGGGAGUGGGCUGGAAGGCAGAAGGAGUUUAGUACAGUGGUGGGCGAGGUAGCUACGUGGUAGAGUACUUGAGACAUGUCGUCGGACAAGUACAAGAGCUAUGAGAUUGGGGCUAGGCUGGGCCGCGGAGCUGCGGGCGACGUCCACUUGGCGACGUACAAGAAGAAGGGCACCACGGUGGUUAUUAAGCUCAUGAACAUCUACAACAUGCCGGAGAAGGAGGCAGAGUCUGCGACUCGGGAAGCCUACUUUCUCCGGUCGCUCAAGCACCCCAACGUAGUCCGCUACAUCGACUCGUUUAUCCACGGGCCGACGCUCAUGAUCGUCAUGGAGCACGCUGACGCCGGCGACCUGGCAACGCUUCUCGAGUCUCGCGAGGGUGAGAACUUGCCGGAGGACCUUGUCAUCCGGAUGUUUACCCAGAUUGCGCUCGGUCUCAAGCACGUUCAUGCCGCCAACGUCGUCCAUCGCGACCUCAAGCCGCGCAACAUUUUCCUCACCUCGGAGGGCAUGGUCAAAAUCGGCGACUUUGGCGUUGCCAAGGAGCUGUCCGGGACCAAGAACCUGACGUCUACCGUCACCGGAACUCCGUCAUAUCUCUCGCCGCAGGUUUGCAACUCGGAGGAGUAUGACACCCAGUCGGACAUCUGGUCGCUCGGCUGCAUCCUGUACGAGAUGCUCACACUCUCCCGCGCCUUUCCAGGCUCGUCCAUCGCCGCCGUCGUCUCACGCAUCGUCUCCUACGCGCUCGAGCCUGUCGACCCGGCGCUCGGCUACUCGGCAGAGAUCAUCGACCUCACUAUGCGCAUGCUCGCCGAGGCGCCGCAGGACCGCCCCACGGCCUCGGACAUUGUCUCCAUGCCGCUCUUCAAGAAGGCCAUCCAAAAGUAUCUGCGCAAGCAGCUGCAAAUGCGCAGGGCGAACAAAAAGGCCGCCAAAGCCAAGGCCAAGGGCAAGGGCAAGGGCAAGGCUGCUGCCCCGCCGCCAUCGUCGCCUGAAAAGCCUGCCGCCUCGCUCGUCUCCUCCAUCAUCGAGUCCUCGUUCCUCAAGACGGACGAUGACGACUCUGCAGGCUCGGCCUCAUCCGACGGCUCGGGCAAAGAGAGCGACUCGAAUCGCCGCGCGCGUCGCUCGCUCUACCGCUCCAUCGUCUCGGCCCGCCCGCGCAAGGUCAAGCCCGAGGAGGGCACCGAGAUGUGGAAGUCGAUAGGCUCGGGCCAGCGCCGCCGUCGCACUAAGCGUCACACCACCUACGACGACCGCGCAAGGGCCUCCAGGUCGUCGUCGGGUUCUUCCACCGCAUACUCGGGCUCGUACUCGUACUCGUACGGCACUGACUCGUCUUACUCGUCCGACUCGACUGACUACUCGUACGAGUAAGGACCUGCCUCCGAUCUCCUGCUCUCUCUGCCAUGCGCCGCCCACGAGACAGCGCUGCUUGAAUGAUGAUGCCUGACUUUCUCCUCUGCCUCCCCUCCUCCCCGCAAAUGAAGAUCAGCUG